AUGGCGAAUACUGGAAUGCUUUAUUUACAUGGUGUAAAAACUUCUGAGUCUUGGUUGUUUUUGUUUGUUGCAGUAAAGGUGUCAUGGAUACUAAUAUUUUGGAGACAUGGAAAUGCAACUGGUAAGGGUGGUGUUGUUGAUCGGGGUAGCGGAGUUAAGAUUAGGAGUAGUGUUGAUGUGGAGGAUUUGGAGGGUGAUGGCAUAGAAGAAAUUGUAGUUGAAGAUACCUGUGGUAACACUGAUGGUGUUACUAGGCAUGUGAUGUAUUUAUCCCCCAUAAAAACAGUUCAAACAACACACACGGUUGUUGGUAGCAACCAAAAGACUGUAAUCACUGUUGAGGAGCCUAAGGUAGGGAUAGUAUUUCGAUGUUGGCAGGAAGUUGAAGCCUAUUAUAAGGAGUAUCAGGUUAGGUUUGGAGUGACAAGGGUGCAGGGUGUAAAUUCUAUGAUGGACAAGAGUAUGACAAUUGCAACCACAUUGAAGUGUGAGUGUUGGGGAAGACCUGACAUGAGGGCUAGGAGGGAAGCUAAGAAGAGGGGCAAUGGGGGUUGGAGGUUCAGGUGGAUUAGUUUAUGGUGUUACGGUGUUUGGGAGUUGAAGACUGUGCACUUAGUGCAUAAUCACUUUAUUGAUCCGAUUCUAUCCAAGCUUGUCAAGGAGUACCGCAUGAAGCAUAUGACCACAAAUGUAAAGAAGAAGUUGUUGGAUUACUAUGAGCAGGGGGUGCCCCAUGAGGUAUACAAGGAAAGGCGAUUGAAGAUGGUAGGCGGUGACGCAGUGGCAAUGAUGGAGUACUUUGAGAAAAUGCAAUCUGACAACCAAAUUUUUUUCCAUGCACAACGUUUGGAUGAAGAGGGGAGGCUUAAGGACGUCUUGUGGGUGGAUGCAAGAAGCCGGGUAGCUUAUGAGAACUUUGGGGAUGUGGUUUGUUUCGACGCAACCUAUCUUACAAAUGAGUACGAGCUUUCGUUUGUGAACUUUGUUGGAGUCAACCUCCACGACCAAUCUUUGUUGUUGGGUUGUGCUCUUGUUUCACAUGAAGAUUGUGAUACGUUUGCGUGGAUAUUUCGACAAUGGCUGACAUGCAUGAACAAGCGAGCUCCUAAUGCCAUUUUGACCGACCAAGCGGCAGCCAUGUGGAGGCCCCUAGCUGAAGUCAUGCCAAACACGAUGCAUCGUUGGUGCAUAUGGCAUAUCAUGAGCAAGAUCCCUGAGAAACUUGGAAAGUACGCACGCUACCAAGAAUUCCAGAACCCUCUUAAGGAGGCUGUGUAUGAGAGUCUUACCCCCGAUGAGUUCCAUGAGCGAUGGGCUGCACUUUUUCUGAGUACAAGUUGGAGGACAACAAAUAGCUGGAAAGCCUCCACAAAGAAAGUC